UUCCUAUGCAGAAGAAUAAAUGGUAAUUAAAAUGUGCAGGAUGAAAAGAUGGAGCAGCCAGUGCUUGUACCACCAGGACCAGACAGCUUCCAAUACUUCACUAGAGAGUCUCUUGCAGCUAUUGAACAACGUAUUGCUGCAGAAAAAGCUAAGAAUUCUAAACAAGAUCGUAAAGAUGAUGAUGAAAAUGGGCCAAAACCAAACAGUGAUUUGGAGGCAGGAAAAACACUUCCAUUUAUAUAUGGUGACAUUCCUCCAGGAAUGGUGUCUGAGCCCUUGGAAGAUAUGGACCCAUAUUAUAUCAACAAAAAAACCUUUAUAGUAUUGAAUAAAGGGAAGGCAAUAUUCCGAUUCAGUGCCACCUCUGCCCUGUACAUUUUAACUCCAUUCAAUCCUCUUAGAAAAAUAGCUAUUAAAAUUUUGGUACAUUCAUUAUUCAGCAUGCUUAUUAUGUGCACUAUUUUGACCAACUGUGUGUUUAUGACCAUGAGUAACCCUCCGGACUGGACCAAGAAUGUAGAGUACACCUUCACUGGAAUAUAUACGUUUGAGUCACUUAUAAAAAUUAUUGCAAGGGGCUUUUGCUUAGAAGAUUUUACUUUUCUUCGAGAUCCAUGGAACUGGCUCGAUUUCACUGUCAUUACAUUUGCGUAUGUAACAGAAUUUGUAAACCUAGGCAAUGUUUCAGCUCUUCGAACUUUCAGAGUAUUGAGAGCUUUGAAAACUAUUUCUGUAAUCCCAGGCUUGAAGACUAUCGUGGGAGCCCUAAUUCAGUCUGUGAAGAAGCUCUCGGAUGUUAUGAUCCUGACUGUCUUUUGUCUGAGUGUAUUUGCACUAAUAGGGCUGCAGCUGUUCAUGGGCAACUUGAGGAAUAAAUGUCUGCAGUGGCCUCCAGAAAAUUUCACUCUGGAAACAAAUAUCACUUCCCAGCUCAACAGCACCAUUGGUGAAAAUGGUACACUGGUUAAUUCAACAGUGACUCCAUUUGACUGGAAGGGGUACAUUGAGGAUGAAAGUCAUUUUUAUUUUCUGGAAGGGCAAAAUGAUGCUCUCCUUUGUGGAAACAGUUCUGAUGCUGGGCAGUGUCCAGAAGGUUACACGUGUGUGAAAGCUGGUAGAAACCCCAAUUAUGGCUACACAAGUUUUGACACUUUCAGCUGGGCUUUCUUGUCACUGUUUCGUUUGAUGACCCAAGACUUCUGGGAAAAUCUUUAUCAGCUGACACUACGUGCUGCUGGAAAAACAUACAUGAUAUUUUUUGUUUUGGUGAUUUUUCUGGGCUCUUUCUAUCUAAUCAACUUGAUCCUGGCUGUGGUUGCCAUGGCUUACGAAGAGCAGAACCAAGCAACCCUGGAAGAAGCAGAGCAAAAAGAGGCAGAAUUUCAACAAAUGCUGGAACAGCUAAAGAAGCAGCAAGAAGCAGCUCAGGCAGCAGCGGUGGCAGCAGCAGCAGUAACAGCAUCCGCAGAAUCCAGGGAACCCAGCGCAGCAGGAGGAGCAGGUGGGCUUUCAGAAAGUUCCUCAGAGGCUUCCAAAUUGAGCUCAAAGAGUGCCAAAGAGAGGAGAAAUAGAAGGAAAAAAAGAAAACAGAAAGAACAGUCUGGAGGAGAGGAAAAAGAUGAAGAUGAAUUUCACAAGUCUGAAUCAGAAGACAGCAUCAGAAGAAAAGGUUUCCGGUUAUCUAUUGAAGGCAAUAGGCUGACAUAUGAAAAGAAAUACUCUUCUCCACAUCAGUCUUUGCUGAGCAUUCGUGGCUCCCUGUUUUCCCCAAGGCGCAACAGCAGAACAAGUCUUUUCAGCUUCAGAGGUAGAGCAAAGGAUAUAGGAUCUGAAAAUGACUUUGCUGAUGAUGAGCACAGCACUUUUGAAGACAAUGAUAGCAGAAGAGAUUCUCUCUUUGUGCCGCGCAGACACGGUGAACGGCGCAACAGUAACAUUAGUCAGGCCAGUAGGUCAUCCAGGAUGCUGGCAGUGUUUCCAGUGAAUGGGAAGAUGCACAGCACUGUGGAUUGCAAUGGGGUGGUUUCGCUGGUUGGUGGACCAUCUGUUCCUACAUCGCCUGUUGGACAGCUUCUGCCAGAGGGCACCACUACAGAGACAGAAAUGAGGAAGAGAGUAUCAGGCUCUUUCCAUGUCUCUAUGGACUAUCUGGAAGAUCCAGCUUUAAGAGAGAGAGCAAUGAGCAUUGCUAGCAUCCUUACAAACACUGUUGAAGAACUCGAAGAAUCAAGACAGAAAUGCCCACCAUGUUGGUAUAAAUUUGCAAAUAUUUUCUUGAUCUGGGACUGCAGUCCUCAUUGGUUAAAAGUAAAGCAUAUUGUCAACUUGGUUGUAAUGGAUCCAUUUGUUGACCUGGCUAUUACAAUUUGCAUUGUUUUAAAUACACUCUUUAUGGCCAUGGAGCAUUAUCCGAUGACUGAUGAAUUCAAUAAUGUACUUUCAGUUGGAAAUCUGGUCUUCACUGGAAUCUUCACAGCAGAGAUGUUUCUCAAGAUAAUUGCAAUGGAUCCUUACUAUUAUUUUCAAGAAGGCUGGAAUAUUUUUGAUGGAUUUAUUGUAACCCUUAGCUUGGUUGAGCUUGGUCUUGCAGAUGUGGAAGGACUCUCAGUUCUUCGAUCAUUCAGAUUGUUACGAGUCUUCAAAUUAGCAAAAUCCUGGCCAACUCUAAAUAUGCUGAUUAAGAUUAUUGGCAACUCAGUGGGGGCUCUGGGAAAUUUGACCCUUGUUCUGGCCAUCAUUGUGUUUAUUUUUGCUGUUGUUGGGAUGCAGCUGUUUGGGAAAAACUAUAAGGAAUGUGUCUGCAAAAUUGCAAGUGAUUGUGUACUUCCACGAUGGCACAUGCAAGAUUUUUUUCACUCUUUUUUGAUCGUAUUCCGAGUGCUGUGUGGAGAAUGGAUAGAAACAAUGUGGGACUGCAUGGAGGUUGCUGGCCAAGCAAUGUGCCUUACUGUCUUCAUGAUGGUCAUGGUGAUUGGAAACUUAGUGGUACUGAACCUAUUUUUGGCCUUGCUGUUGAGCUCAUUUAGUGCUGACAACCUUGCUGUGACAGAUGAUGAUAAUGAAAUGAACAAUCUCCAAAUUGCAGUAGCAAGAAUGCAGAAGGGCAUAGACUAUGUGAAAAGAAAAGCACGUGAAUUCAUCCAAAAAGCUUUUGUUAAAAAACAAAAAGCUUUAGAUGAAAUCAAACCACUUGAAGAUUUGAACAACAAAAACAGUUGUAUUUCCAACCAUACUGCAGAAUUAAGCAAGGACCAUGAUUACAUUAAAGAUGUGAAUGGAACAACUAGUGGCAUAGGCACAGGCAGCAGUGUGGAGAAAUACAUAAUUGAUGAAAGUGAUUAUAUGUCAUUCAUAAACAACCCCAGCCUGACUGUGACAGUGCCCAUUGCUGUGGGUGAAUCUGACUUUGAAAAUUUAAAUACAGAGGAGUUUAGUAGUGAAUCAGACCUGGAAGAGAGCAAAGAGAAGCUAAAUAUGUCCAGUUCAUCUGAAGGCAGCACAGUUGACAUUGGACUUCCUGCAGAAGAGCAACCAGAAGCUGAACCUGAGGAAUCCAUGGAGCCAGAGGCCUGCUUCACUGAAGGCUGUGUACGGAGGUUCAAGUGCUGUCAAGUAAGUGUAGAAGAAGGCAGAGGAAAGCAGUGGUGGAACCUUAGAAAAACAUGCUUCAGAAUUGUUGAACACAACUGGUUUGAGACUUUCAUUGUCUUUAUGAUUCUCCUCAGCAGUGGAGCCCUGGCUUUUGAAGAUAUAUAUAUUGAACAGCGCAAAACUAUCAAGACCAUGCUGGAAUAUGCUGACAAAGUCUUCACUUACAUCUUCAUUCUGGAAAUGCUGCUGAAGUGGGUGGCCUAUGGUUAUCAAACAUACUUUACUAAUGCCUGGUGCUGGCUGGACUUUCUGAUUGUUGAUACUUCGUAUUCCUGAAGAAAGUGAUCCAAAAUUAGAUUCUUCUAAAGAAGUUUGUGUCUCACAUCUAUGGUAUGUA